CAGGCCCCGUAGGAAAUGUCCCCAGGAAGGUGGUCCUUGCCUCUCUCUGGCCAUAAGUCCUUUUUCUACCCACCUCCAGCCCCAGCCACUGAUGUAACUGGUGCCAGGACAGCAUUGUCCUCCCUCCCACACCCACCCCGCCUCAUAGACCCAUCACCAUGGGAACCGGGCCAGCCAAUCAGAACACUGCCCUUUGAAAGGCCACCUUAUAAAUUGAGCCGCCUCUCCCCCCAGACAAACCACACCCACCAUUCAGAGGCCUCCCAGGGUCCCCUCCCCCUGGAUAAACCAGAUCCUCUGUCCCUCACUUUCCUCCAGGGUACAACAGGGCAGUCUGCUGCUUGGAAUGCUCAGGACCAAGCUCCAGGCCUCCCAUCCCCCAGCUUAGAGCCCCAGUCACCCGCGUGGCCACACCAUGACGCAGGAGCCACUCAGGGGCCCCUGAGACUUCCGGGCAGCAACCUGGGAAACGCGUGGAGAAGGGAGAGCGACUUGCUGAGCCCGCGACAGUCCAGCCUGGGGACAUGCGGGGACAGUGACACCAGCCUGUUGGACAGCGGGUAUGCAGGGGAUGAGGAGAACAGUGAGGUCAGCCUGGUGGCCAAGAGACACAUCGUGAGGUUGCACAGAAGUCUCAACACCCAGACAGACAGCGCCCAGAGCAGCCAGCUGUGUGCCACCUACUCUCCCAGCCAGAUAAGGAGGCAGCCGGGCGCACAGAGCAGACCAGGCUGGAGGGGAAGAGUGACACCAGCCUGCCCAGCAGCGGCAUCGGCAGCGGGGCCAGCAGCCUGACCAGCAUGAGCUUCAUCAGUCUGGGCAGCAGCGCCCUCAACUACCAGGUGAGUAGCGGGCUGUUCAGUUCCACCAGCAGCCUUCCCUCCAGCCAGGCCAGCAGCCGCCAGGGCACGCGGGAGGACGGCGGCGUGCAGACCGGGGUGAAAAGUAACACCAGUCUGCAGGAGGACGGGGCCGGAGGCAAGGCCAAGGCCAGCGACCAAGGUCGGGGGCAAGGCCAAAGCCAGGCCACCGAGGGCGAGCAGCCUGCCCAGACGUGCGUGCCUGCAUGAGAAGGCUCACCGGCCACUAGGGUCUUGAAAACUGGACGUGAACCCCCAGCAAGCCUGGACUUUACCCAGAGCGGUUACGGCCAAGCAGACGCCUUUAAAAAGCACCCAGUGCGUCUGAACCUUGGGUGGAGAGCCCCGUUUGUAGCAACGACUGUCGGUGGCAGGGUGACGCGUAGCAAGAACUGUGGAAGGUAAGCACCACCUGCGGUGACCGUCAGCGAUCAACGGCACGACCGUCUACUCUGAAGCUGCAGCAGGAUCCUGGGGGGCUGGGUCUACCCUCCACUGCGAGCCCCAGCGACGAGCCACCUCUAACAGGAUCCGUCAGUGGCAAAACCGUCUGUAUGGAGAACCGUCACGGCGGGAUCGCCAGCCAAAACUCAUCAGUGGGGACGAUUGCGGUCAGCAGCAAAUGCCAGCUCUGUUUUAGAACCAUCUGAUGUCAGAACCUCCCCUGGAGAAACCGUGCGAAGUGGUGAGCACCGUCUACGGUCAACACCAACCGUGAUGAGCUCAGGAGAAGCAAGCACCAGCCGCGGCUGGGACCGUCCGCGUCGGGAGCCAGCCGAAGGAAGCACCAUCGACGGGAAACCACAACCCUGGGGAGCCGGAUCCCUACCAAGCUCUGCAAGAUGUGCUGCCUGCGAGAGCCAGAGAGGCUCCGGACGGGGCUCCCUGAGGCCCCGUCCCUGUCUCGAUGUGCAUCUCCAAGGAGAUAGAGGCGAGAAAGGAGCCCAGACACCACCUCGGUUGAGAUGCUUGGGACUGCUUCCUAUGACAGGACAAUGCCACGGUCAAUGCUUAACGGUGACAGAAACCAACCCAGCCAAGCAUGGCUGGGAUGAGACAGCUCUGAGCCGUUUAGCAAAAGUCUCCUGGACGGGUGGGAGGGCUGAGGACGCUCGCCUGCCCCUUCUCAGGACCAUAAAGCCCUUCCCCGGGGGGCUGACCGUGAAAACCCUGGGGAGGGAGCGUGUCCACGGAGGGGCGGAGGUCAGAACACUCACGAAGACAUCCACUAGGUACCAGAAGGAAAGCUGAGGGGGCACCAGAGACAAUAAAAAGUGUCUGGAGAGGCUGAAA